CGUCACUACCUACUCCCCACGCUGUUUCUGACAAACAAACUGCCAGUGUCGGUCCAACUUGAAGGUCGAAUUGAAUUCCGUUCUGUCCAAGCACUGAACGCAUUGUCUCGACCAUAGUACGCAUCUUGUACUAUUCCCUCACCUGCCUCUCCCUUUUCUUCUCGCAGCGCGAGCGCCUGGCAUCAUGCCCCACGACUUUCCGCCUCUGAAAAAUGACCGACUUCUCCGGGCGGCCCGCGGCGAGCAAGUCGACCGACCGCCCAUGUGGGUGAUGCGACAAGCCGGUCGGUACCUCCCCGAAUACCACGAAGCGAAAGGGAACCACGACUUCUUCGAAUGCUGCCGGUCGCCCGAGAUUGCGUCGACCCUGACACUGCAGCCGAUCGAUCGGUACGAGGGUCUGAUUGACGCCGCCAUCAUAUUCUCCGAUAUCCUGGUGAUUCCGCAGGCACUAGGCAUGGACGUACAGAUGGUGGACGGAGUUGGACCCAAAUUCCCCGAGCCUCUCCGGUCGCCGGCCGAUAAACAAUACAAAGAGGUUCUCGAGCGAGAUGUGGACGUGGCCAAAGAGCUGGGCUACGUAUAUAAAGCUAUUACGCUGACCCGGACCAAGCUGGCCGGGCGAGUGCCCUUGUACGGAUUCUGCGGCGCUCCCUGGACUCUGCUGUGCUACAUGGUAGAGGGCGGAGGCACCAAGCUGUUUCGAGAAGCAAAGACGUGGAUCUACAAGUACCAAAAGGAGAGCCAGGCAUUGCUACAGAAGAUCUCGGAGGUCUGUGUCGAGCAUCUGGCGUUGCAGGUUGCCGCCGGGGCACAGAUUGUCCAAGUCUUCGACUCGUGGGCUGGAGAACUCUCGCCCGCCUCGUUCAGGGAAUUCGCUUUACCUUGGCUCAAAUACAUUUCAACGAAUCUGCCAAAGCGGCUACGCGAGAUGGGUGAAGAUGUUGUCCCUAUGGUCGUCUUCGCAAAGGGCGCCUGGUAUGCUCUGGACGAACUGUGCGAUUCAGGCUACGACGUCGUCGGGCUCGACUGGCUGCACGACCCGGCGGAAGCUGUCAAGAUCGCUCGAGGCCGAGUGACGUUGCAAGGCAAUGCGGACCCUGGUGUUCUAUACGGCUCCCAUGAAGCGAUCACGGCCGUGGUCGAGAACAUGGUCCGGGGCUUUGGCGGAGGGAAACAGCGCUGGAUCGUCAACCUCGGCCAUGGAAUCACCCCUGGUGUCAAUCCUGACAACCUCAAGUUUUUCUUUGAGGAGGUUCAUAGAUGUACGACAUGAGCCGGCUAAACUGUUUGAUAGAAGAAAGAUUUAUACACGUGGUACUAAAAGCGAGAUUUGUUCUCAUUCCUCGCCAAUAUCUUCAUUCCUGCUCGCGACUAAUAUCAGCGGGGAUUGAUAAACAAAGAAGGGUGGAAGGACAGCCGUUGCCACCCAGGGAGGAUCAGGGCGGACAUUGCGGGGAAGGCAUAGCACAGCAUGCAAUAAGAACAAAACACACACUGAGUGAGAGGCCUCUCAGGGAAGAAAACAAAGAGCCACUGGCAGGACAGAACCUAAAGCUCAAAGAUGCACUGGCAGUGAGAGUCGACGAGAGAAACUAGGACUUGAACAUACCACACACGAGGCUUCUCCUCAAUAAACACUCUCAUGAGCUCCUCACACUCGCGGCUCUCCAGCACAACCACCUCGACACCCCUCUGUUUCAAGUACUCUUCGCCCCCCAUGAACGUCUUGUUCUCCCCAAUCACCACCCGGCCCACUUUGUACAGCAGACAAGCACCCGUACACAUGUCACAGGGACUGAGCGUCGUGUACAUUGUGGCUCCAGCGUAUGCUGAUGCCGGUAGACGGCCGGAGUUUUCGAGGGCCGAGAUCUCGCCCUGCAGUAAGAUAGGAGAGCUGAUGAGAACACAUGUAAACAAAUAGUAGACUCGCAAUAUAUGUACUGGACCUAGCUAUGCAUGUAUUGUGAAUGGUUACUUACAUGAAGAGUCG